CUUCCCACAACACAACCAGCCAUCUAGCGGCUUAUGGCCGCAUUCUAUAGAAGAAUCCAUUUUGCAGGGGGAUUUCAGAAGGAAACUUUUGUUGUGAUAAAAAACAUGCGGAUUUAAUGACGGCACAAUGGAAGACAUAAGUAGCACGGCUCUAGUCACUGUCCAGGCAUAUCGUAAUAUUGCUGAAGAUGCUAGCAAAAGAGGAACACUUAUUCAGGAUGAAACCAGUAUACAAUUCUUGGCUUAUGUUCUUGGUGAAAAGAAUGUAGAAGUAGUCAGCCUAGCUCUAGAAACACUUAAACUGCUUUCUGACACACAAAGACACCGUCAAAAGUUAGCAGCUGUGUUUGGUGUGCUUGAAGCUCUUCAAGCAACAGCCGACAGUGCAGAAGAAUUUGGUGAAGAAAUAGCUAACAGUGCUGCAGAUAUCUUUACAGCGUUAAAGUUCUCAAAGAACUCGGCCUAUGGAAAUAGGAAACCAGCAGGUCAGCCAAAAGUGGAAAGAAUUUCUUCCACAGAAGAAGCUGUGGAAGAUGAAGGCUUAUUUGGUGCAUUAGAUACUAGUUCUCACAGUGACAGAGGUCAUCGUUUUCUAAAGUAUAAUUCAAAAGCCAAAACAAUUACUGUUAAGGUGACGGGACUCACCACUAACCAGGAGGAUCGCGAACUUUUAGAGCGCCAACUGAUUAAAGUGCAGGGAGUUAUCUCGAUCGUCUUUGAUGCUAACAACUCCCGUGUCACGUUACGUUCCCGUCCCGAUCUUAAUAUUGAAUCUGUUGGGCAGGCUGUUCGUAAGACGCAAACAAUGCGUGCUUUCUUAGUCUGCAAAAAUGAACUGGGGGAAGAGACACUGAAGCCAAUCGGAGAAACAAACUCCGAUGGUGACGAGAGGAAAUUAAGUACACCUCUUCCUGAUUACCUGCCAGAGGAUGAUAACGACAUACCUACAGAGACGUCUGACAAAGCACUAGCACCUCACGGCAUUACAGAAGUUGCCAGCAACUGGAUCAAUUCAGCUGCCACCUUUUUGCAGCGUUCCUUCUACUGGUGAAUCAGUGGUGCGUGAUUUGUGAGACUAUCCCUUAUACACUUUUAUAGAUGUAAUGAUAUCUUUUCUUUGUUUGCUCUCUAUCUCAACACAUUUUCACUCGCCACAUCUUUCAAAGAAAUAGAAACGUCUGAUCAGAAAAUAUUGUCAUAGCAACAAAUUGUCCUCAACUUUUCGAAAAAAGUUUUCCUCUUAGAUGUCCUAAAUUAGGCCAUUUUUCUUCUGUAUAAUUUUGUUUAGUCGAGUUGCGAUGCGUGAAAAACUCAUCUUCUGUCCACGAUGGGGAAAAAAUAUAUAAUUUUUCCAUUUUGAUUGUGAUGUAUCAAAAUCCUCCAUUUUCGAUCGGGUGUGAAUUUACUUAAAUUUGAAUCGUGCUGAAAAGUAAACUACAAUAAAACAUGGUUCGAAGAUGGGUCACCCAAAAUACACUGAACGUGUAAUUUAAAGCAA